UCCGAGUGAGUGAGAGCGAUGUCUGGUCGUCCCGACACCGACAUGGCCUCCGCUGGCCCGGCCGACGGUGGCGAUGGCGAUGAAGGUACACUCAACUCAGACAAAUGCAGCACGUCACACACGCAGCAUCAUUGCCAAAGGUCGUGUGUGUGUCUGUGUCCGCUUCACCGUCUUUGCAGAGUAUGCCGAGCAGCGUGGCGGCGGUGACGAGCGGCGGCCAAUGGAUGUCCAGGAGGGCCAGGAGGGCCGUGCGGGCGAUGGUGCGGUGGGCCAUGUCGUCAUGAGGCAGAGGAACAACGCCUCCACGACAGAGCCCUAUCAGAUGCCAUCGCCGGUACCCCAACAAACAAGAGCACCGCGACAGACAGACAGACACCUCCACGCACUCUCUCGUACGUGUGUGUGUGUGUGUCAUCGGCUGUCCCGGCAAAUGGCAGGACAUUCAUCUCACGGCCAGCGUGGCGGAUGGGCCACAAGCAGCAUCGGCAGCAGCAUCGGCAGCAGGGGUGCAGGAACCCUCAUCUAGCUAUACAGGUAGUCAAUGAAUGCACCACAGCCAGCCUGACGCACCACGUCGUCAUUGCCUGGGUCGUGUGUGUGUGAAUGUGUGUGAAGGUGUAGCUGUAGGUGUUGUGAAGCGUGUCGGCUCUCCUCUGGAGCGUGAGGAGCAUAAGAGGGCCAAGGGAGACGGCCAGACGCACCAACCUGCCGCCAAGGUGCCAAAUGCCCAGCAGCCACAGGUGAUUGCAUGCCUCCUCUGCUCCUCAGCCAGCACCAGCACACGAUGAUGGCAUGGCUGUGUUGUGUUGUGUAUGGUGGUGCAGCGUCCCCCCGCUCCCCAUCCUGCUGCUGCUGGUGUUGGUGUCCUUCCAUCCGCUAGUCCGACGCUGGGCGGCCAUGCGCAUCGCCCACCGCAACCGCCCCGCGUCGGAGGGGGCGUGAGCAGCACUGCUGGUGGGGAUCUCGGUGUUGGUGCUGGUGCUGGUGAGGGUGCCUCUGAUGGGCAGCAGGGCCGACAGAACGGAGGUCGGUGAACGAAUCACCCACCACCAACACACACAUAUAGCACCCUCCCCUGUGGAUGCUGUGCCACCCACAGGUGCACCGUUACCCCACGGCUGGAAGAGCUCGGAGAACGGCGUCGACGUCCGCUUCCGUCGUGGCACCAGCAACGCCAGCAGACGGCUGUCCGAGGCCAUCAUUCGCCGCACAAUCACUGACGAACAGCAGAUGACCCAGCUGAUUCAGCAGAAUGGAGCCGACCUCAAUGUGGAGCCACGGCUGCGGGUGAAGGGGACCACGGGCGGCUAUGCAGCUUAUCCGCUGCUGGCAUUGUGCAUUGACAACCUCACGGACAACGGCGUGCCGUCCAUCUGGGCAGGCGACGGCGAUGACGAGUGUCCCGUCGCCAUGCCGCUGUGGGAGACGCCCUCCCUGCAGCUCGCCGUCAUGCGGCUGUCAUCGAAAGCGGUGCCGACAUCAACGCGGGUGAGGGGGACCAUACGCCCAUCUUGGUGGCCAUCGCCUCGUGCGACCGGGCCGCCUUCGACCUCCUGAUGGGCCAGCCAGGUGCGCACCCAUUCACAGCACUCACGACACGGAACACACACCAUGAUGGACGUUCGUCUGUCUGUCUGCUCCAGGCAUCCAGCUGCAGGAGGUGAUGGACCUGCCGCUCCCAUUGCCGACGGACCAGCCGACUGAGGAGAGCGAGGCCAUCCUGCUGUCCUUCUACCAGCUGCUCAUCCAGCGGGACAGCAGCCUCGCAACCGAGCGGUCACCAAACGGCGGCAAUCCGCUGCAUUGGGCGGCGAUGGUGCCUCCCAUCUGGUCCCAGCAGUUCAUCGAGAACUACAUCGACCUGCUGGUGGUCAACGGGGUGGACAUUGCCGCCGUGGACGACAAUGGACGGACGCCAUUGCACUUCGCGGCCAUCAGCGGUUCCCACUGUGUCGCUGCCUCUCUCUGCCGCCGUCUCACCGCUGCCGACAUCAACAGAGGGCUGCCGAACCUCCCCACCUACACAGCCCUCACCCGCGCUGCCCGACAGCUCGAUGGCAACACACAGCGGCUGCAGGACAAUGACACAGUGCCGGCCGUGAGGGACCGGGCCACGAGACGGAUCACUCACCUCCAGACCACCAUCCGUGUGCUGCUCCAGGCGGGCGCUGACAUCGCCCUCAUGCCCACAGCCACAGAGGAGGACCACCGUCGUCGCCAGCUGGUGCUGCCCGAGUACACGACACUUCUCAAUCAGCUGCCACAGGCCGUUAUGACGGCCGUCAACGCCGCCCUGCGACCCCAGCGCGAGAUGGCCGACGCGCUGACAGAGGCACUCCACAAUGCCACCGCCCAGCAGCUCAAGGCCGCCUUCCCCUCCUUCGACCCGUCCCGCCCCUCGGUGCCUCCUCCCCCCUUCCCCCCACACGUCGACCCGGAGCCCUCCUGGCAAGACGACUACAUGCCCUUCGCCAACAAGGACAUGUCAGCCAUCGCCUGGCGCGUGGCGUCGUCCUUUGUCAACCCAUCGGUGCUGCAGCAGAGCCCCCGCCCCGUCCAGAACGUGACUGAGGUCGGCCGCCGCGUCAACGCUGCGAUGGCGCGGUUCGUGGAGGCCGCCGCAUCGCUGCAGGUGGUGGGCAAUGAGGAGGUGGUGGGCGGGACGACCAAUGUGGGCGGCGACAGGGUGCGGGUGCCGCAGCUGCAGUGCUUUGCCGUCAGGUGGCAGCAUAGCGGGCAGCACCGGCUGAUGGAGUUGCGUGAGGUGGUGCAGCGGGCCAUCCUGGACGAGGCCGCCAGAUACGACGGGCUACCGGCCAGCAUCGACAACGGCUUCACCAAGGACGUGGCGGCGUUCGAGUGGCAGCAGCUGGGGUACGUCGACGAACGAGGGCAGUGGGUGACACUCGGCAUGCAGUCAGUGUGAGUCACUCUCCUGAUGUGUUCACCCAGUCGCAUCCAUCCAGUUGUGUGUCAUUGAGGCGAAUGCCGUGGUAGAUGGCUCACCUUCUGCCUGCCUGCCUCUACAUAGCCAGAGACGGCGGCAGGGUGAGGUGCGUUUAAUGGUGUUGACUGAAUGAGCUCACGUGUUGGUGCUGCUGGAUGGAUGUGCUUGUGUGCGGUGACUGGACGGACGGCAGGCCGGCAGGUUUUGAUGUGUGCAUGCCGCCCUCCAGUCAACACUCGCUCCACCCAACACCAUUGGCAGAAAGGGCGGUGCUCUUCAGGUCGAUGCAAUGGACCCUUCUCACUCACAGGACGCCUCACAGGUCAAUGAG